AUGGCUGCUUCAUCUUCUUCGGCAUCACUUUUCGGAUUCAGAGAAGAGGAUCCAAAUCAAAUGAAUCAACAGCAACAUUCCUUGCCACCGUCAUCAACAACUGCAGCUCCAGCUACUGCUGCAACAUCUCAGAAGAAAAAGAGAAACCAACCUGGAACACCAAAUCCAGAUGCAGAGGUAAUAGCACUAUCUCCCAAGACCCUAAUGGCAACAAACAGGUUUAUCUGUGAGGUAUGCAACAAAGGGUUCCAAAGAGAGCAAAACCUACAGCUCCACAGAAGAGGACACAACUUGCCUUGGAAGCUUAAGCAGAAGACAACAAAAGAGCCUAAGAGAAAGGUCUAUCUCUGUCCUGAGCCCACAUGUGUUCAUCAUGACCCUUCAAGAGCACUCGGUGACCUCACCGGAAUUAAGAAACACUUCUCUCGCAAACAUGGCGAGAAGAAAUGGAAGUGUGAUAAGUGCUCUAAGAAAUACGCUGUUCAAUCCGAUUGGAAAGCACAUUCCAAAACAUGUGGCACAAGAGAAUACAGAUGUGACUGCGGCACUCUCUUCUCCAGGAGAGACAGUUUCAUAACUCAUAGAGCCUUCUGCGAUGCAUUGGCUCAAGAGGGUCCAAGACAGCCACCAAUAACCCUAACUGGUGCCAUUGGAUCCCAUCUUUUCGGAGGUGGCGGCAGCGGUGGAGGUGGCGGCAACAACAACAACAGCAUGGGCUUAAACUUAUCCCAAGUUGCUCCACAAAUGGCUAACAUGCAACAUCAGCAAGACCAUCACAGCAAUUCAGCCACUGAAAUCCUGCGACUCGGUGCAGCCGCGAGUCGAACCGGACAAUUCGACCACCACAACAUUCUCCAGUCCACUUUCAGACCUAAUUCCUUCUUCAACAACAACAUGCAUGAGGCAAACCAAAACUAUAUCCCUGACCAAGGAUUAAUGAUGCAGCAGAAUAACAACAACAGCGGCAAUAACAGCAAUCUCUUCAAUAUUCCGAAUUUCCUUUCGAGUAACAGUACUACUAAUACUAACAGUAGCAACAACUCAUUCUCUGAGCACUUGAAUAUGAAUAAUGAAGGGACAAAUUUCUUCACUGGAUCAGGUGGAACAAGUAGUGCUCCAUCACUUUUCAGCAACUGUUUCCCUCAAGGAGGUGGAAACAGUAGCAACAACAACAUGAAUGCUGUUACUGCUAUAUCUUCAAUGUCAGCAACUGCACUUCUUCAGAAAGCUGCUCAAAUGGGUGCAACUUCAAGCAAUGGAAACGGUACUACCGCAACUUCGCUUCUCAAGAGCUUCGGUAACAACACUCCUGCUACUAAUUCAGCGUCUUCCGGUGGUGUUACUACUGGUGCUGGUGUUGCUGGUGCCAGUGCCGGUGAGCAUAACAGAAUUCUCCAGAUGGGAGGUGGAAGCGUAAACUAUGGCUUUGGCGGCGGGAAUAAUGAACAGACUAAUUUGCAAGAUUUGAUGAACUCUUUUGCUGCUACGGGAAAUGCUUCAAUAUUUGAAACGGGAAGAGGAGGUUUAGGGCUUGGAAGUGGAGGUGCAGAUAGCAGUCAACUAACUCGUGACUUUUUAGGAGUUGGAGAGAUAGUAAGAAACAUGAGCGGUGUUGUUGGAGGACAAAGGGAACAACAACAACAACAACAGAAUCAUCAACAUGCAGCAGCUGCAUUUAACUUGCCAGGUUCCAUGGAAGGAGAUCAAAGAAACAUUCAUGCUGCCCAGUCCUUUGGAAGCGGAGGAAGAGGAGGAGCUGGUGGUGGAGCAGGAGCAGGAACUUUUCACUAA